CCUUUUAGUGCUCAAUUCCCCCUUCCCUCCCUCCCUCUCUCUCUCUCCCUCCCUCGCUCGAUCGUAGAUAUAUGCAUCCGUGACUCAGAGCUUCGGGUAGCCAUUGAAUUGGUUUGUCUCUCCAAAAUCUUGCUGGGGUUUGGAGGAAAUUUGUUUGGGUUGUUGGGCUUUUGAUUCAGCGACAGUGGAGAAAUGGCGCAAGCAGUCGAAGAAUGGUACAAGCAGAUGCCAAUCAUCACCCGUUCGUAUCUUACGGCUGCAACUGUUAUCACCAUCGUUUGCUCCCUCGAUAUAAUCUCCCCACAUAACCUGUACUUGAACCCGAAGCUCGUGGUCAAGCAUUACCAGAUUUGGCGGCUCAUCACCAAUUUCCUUUAUUUCCGGAAAAUGGACUUGGACUUCUUGUUUCACAUGUUCUUUCUUGCCCGGUACUGCAAGCUUCUUGAAGAAAAUUCUUUCAGGGGAAGGACUGCUGAUUUCUUUUACAUGCUUUUAUUUGGUGCUACCGUUUUGACUGGGAUUGUUCUUGUUGGGGGCAUGAUACCUUAUUUCUCCGAGUCAUUAGCAAGGAUAAUAUUUCUCAGCAAUUCAUUGACAUUUAUGAUGGUCUAUGUGUGGAGCAAGCGAAAUCCUUUCAUCCACAUGAGCUUCUUGGGUCUCUUUACUUUUACAGCAGCUUACCUUCCAUGGGUUCUUUUGGGAUUCUCUGUCCUUGUUGGUGCUAGUGCAUGGGUGGAUCUACUGGGAAUGAUUGCUGGCCAUGCCUACUAUUUUCUUGAAGAUGUGUAUCCUCGGACAACUGGUCGUCGCCCCCUUAAAACUCCAUGGUUUAUUAAAUCACUCUUUGCAGAUGAUCCCGUAGUGGUUGCAAGGCCUCCAAAUGUGAGAUUUGCUGCCCCGCCAGUCGUGGAAGCGCAAUAAAAUUAACCAGAUAUUAUUAAGACUAUGAAAAUGCUGAUGGACUUGGUGUUGGAUCUGGUUGAACAAUUAGUUGGGUGCCAGAUUCUUUUAUAAUGACAUUUUGCUAGUAACGUGCUAGAUAUGAUGGAAUCAUUCCUUGUUGGGUGGUUUAACUUGCAUGAUGUUGCUACCUGCAAUAGAGGUGUGUUUGGGUAAUUCAGCACUAGUUGGUGCAGGGCAGUUUUUGUUGAUCUGUUAUGACCAAAGCCUUUGCUGGGAAAUAUUUACCCAUAAAAUUAUCUUGCUUUGUCAUUCAAUCAUUUUGAUUGGAAUUGUCAACAUGUUUGUGUGUACAGCUUUGAAGUUAUUUUUCAAUGAAGUGUCACUUUGGCAGUGUAA